AUGAUGAGCGGAAAGAGAAAACGCGAAUGUCUAUCCAUACACGUGGGACAGGCGGGCGUCCAGAUGGGGAACGCCUGUUGGGAACUGUAUUGUCUGGAGCACGGCAUCCAACCGGACGGACAGAUGCCGUCCGACAAGACGGUGGGCAGUGGCGACGACUCGUUCAACACGUUUUUCUCGGAGACGGGAAGUGGUAAACACGUGCCCCGGGCUGUGUUCGUGGACCUGGAGCCUACCGUCGUGGACGAGGUGCGCACCGGUACCUAUCGGCAACUGUUUCACCCGGAACAGCUUAUAACAGGCAAGGAGGACGCGGCCAAUAAUUAUGCUCGGGGUCACUACACCAUCGGCAAAGAGAUUGUUGAUCUGGUGAUGGAUAGGAUCCGCAAACUGGCCGACCGGUGCUCCGGACUCCAGGGUUUCCUAAUUUUCCAUUCAUUCGGCGGCGGCACCGGUAGUGGAUUCACUUCCCUAUUGAUGGAGAGGCUGUCCGUAGAUUACGGCAAGAAAGCCAAACUGGAGUUCAGUAUAUAUCCGGCGCCUCAGGUCUGA